AUGGCAUCGGCUUCCAGCAAGGUCGGUGGCCUCGCCGUCGCCAUCCGCGUCAUCGUCCCCGUGGCGCUGGGGUCCGCCGGCUACGUCGCCUACAAGAUCAACUGGUCCGCCGCCAUCCAAAACUUCCUGACCGGGCCGGGGCGCAGCUCGCGCAUCCUCCUGCUGCUGUUUGUCGUGCUCAACUGGAAGAACCUGCCAUUUGCAUGGACGUACCGCGUCUUCUACGCCAUCGUCUACCACAACAUGCUCCGCAAGUCGCCGGACCUCACGCCGCGGGCGCUCUUCAAGCCCAUCAUCUCGGAGACGCGGGCGCCGCUCCUCGAAAUCGACUACAACCUGCACAAGUCCAACUCGACCUACUUCACGGACCUGGACGUGGCGCGGACGCACCUCGUCAGCUACCUCACGCGGCCGGCGAUGCGCAGCCUCACGGACAACGCGCGGACGGGCCUGGUGCUGGACCCCAAGACGGGCCGGCCGGCGCGCGGGCCCAUGGGCAUCAUGCUAGGCUCCGUGUCGUGCUCCUUCAAGAGGGAGAUCCGCGCCUACCGGGCAAUAGACAGCCGGCCAGACUCGAUAUAUACAUAG